AUGCUAAAGAGAUUUAAGCUUUUGAAGACGGGACUCCAACAAAUAGUGAUUAGUGAACAAUGGUCUUCUUACAAGGAUGAUGAUGUUCAAAAGGCACAGUUUGUGAAGGAUAUCUUGUUGUAUGAUAAUUGGUGGAAAAAUGUUGAUUAUAUAUUUACUUUCAUUAAUCAUAUUUAUGAUGUUCUUAGAAAAAUCGACAAAUUAGCUUAA